CUUUCUUUCUUUCUUUCUUUCUUUAUUAGGUCCCUCUCUCUUCCUCUCUCUUUCUUUUGUUUCUCCAUCCAUCUACAACACCCCCCCAUUCCUUUUCUUCCCUCUCUGCUAUUGGUACCGGCAACAACAACAAAAAAUGAAGGUCCAACUACUCAUUGCUCUUGUCAUUGCAUUCCUUGCUGUCUUUACUACAGCUGAUUCCCUUCAAGACGAAAUCGACAAGGCCAGAAAGAAGUUCUGCGGUGGUAUCAAGGUCAGCAAGCCGAGCUCUGGCCAAGUGUUCAGUAACCCAAAGAAAGUCAAGGUCACCGUCAAGCGUACUCCCAAUGCUUUGGCCAAGGUGGUCAACGCUGUCGAUCUCUACAUGGUCAGCUCGAACGGCACUGCCAAGUACUUGGGUACUCCCUGGAAGGGUUCCUACUCUCUCAAGACCUCUGCUACAAUGACUGUUGACUUGACCAAGGCACAGGGUGCAAAGUUCCCCUCCCAGUAUGAAGUUCGUGUCUGGGUUCGCAACAAGGAUGCUGGCCCUGACUGCACUUUGAUGUCCAAGACUUUCAAGGUCAAGUCCUCAUCCCACGCCAACGCUGCCGAAGACGAAGAAAUCAACAACAUGGACGCCAAAAUCGACAAGGGCUGCUUUGGCCUGGACAUCACCAAGCCUGCCAUUGGCGAACAUGUCUCUGGUUACUUCCCUGUCCAGCUCGUCCGUGAUGGUGCUUCCCCCGUCGACAGCUUGACCAAGGUCGAACUCUUCAAGGUCGACAUCAACGAUCGUCAACCUAUCAAGGUCCAAGACUCCUGGGAGGGUGAUGUGCUUCUCUACAACUCGUUCACCGUCAAGGAUGCUCUCAAGACUGCUGCUUCGAAAGAGGAUGACAAGGAGUAUGCUUAUUUCUACAAGUUGUCUGGUGUCACACAACAUGAAGACAAAUGCGACUUUUAUUCGCAUCCUUUCUACAUUGAUGCUUAAACAAAAGCCAGCAUCGUCUCGUUUUCCCUCCCCAUACUAUACUCUUCUUCCGCCCCACCUCUGUCACUUGUCUGUGUGCUUCUUUAAAAAAAAAGAAAUAACCUUGUAAUAAUAUUAUAACCAAAACCA